CACGGUCUCGUACAACAGGCUCGGGAGCGUUUCGAUGCACCUGUUGAUCCACCUGGAGCAGAGCAACACCGACGGACUGCAGGCUGAGACGGCAACAUGGGAGGUUUCUGCUCCAGUGAAAAGAUGGCAGGAGUUUUCUCCUAUGAAAGUUCAGAAAUCGACUGGUGUGAAGACAACUACAAACAGUCCGAACAUAUAGUGGAGUACUUCAACACUAUUAGCAGCUUUUUCUUCUUCAUUAUAUCUCCCAUCAUGCUCUAUCUUCUGCACCCUUAUGCCAAAGAGAGGAACCUGGCGAUUCACAUGGUCUGGACCAUGAUGAUAUUUGUAGGGCUCUUCUCGGCGUACUUCCACAUGACUCUUAGUUUCGUUGGCCAGAUGUUGGAUGAGCUGUCCAUCCUGUGGGUGUUGGCGAUGGUAUAUGUAGUCUGGUUCCCCCGCAGACUCUUCCCUUCUUUUAUUAAAGACAGGUCCACAUUUUCAAACCUUGUCCUGGUGAUUACUAUCGUCUCCACGCUGUCAUCCUUUGUCAAACCUACAGCCAACGCCUACGUUUUAAACUGCUUUGGCAUUCAUAUGGUUUACAUGCUGGCUGUUGAGAUGAAAUGCUGCACUGACCAGAAGGCUUUGCGUCUCUGCAAGGUGUCGGUGGCUCUGUGGGUGCUCGCUGUCUCCUGCUGGAUUAGUGACCGCUUUGGAUGCAGCUUUUGGCAGAGUCUGAAUUUCUGCUACCUGCACGGUAUCUGGCACAUUCUGAUAGUGAUAGCAGUGGCCUAUGGCACCACCCUGAUAGCUUACCUUGAUGCCAGCUAUGAGAUCCCCUACUCUCUGCCGGGACUGCAGUACUGGCCCUGUGAUAGAUGGGCUGUUGGAAUACCUCACAUUGUCCUGAAGGGCACGACCAAAACACAGAAACGGUGCUAACAAAGUCAUGUGUAACGUCGGCAGCACAUCUGCAUUAGCACACUUCAUGUGUUCAUAGAGGCUUCUUACCUUAAAGACACAAUCUGUGAGGAAAUAGUCCCAUAGAAUAAUGAUAACAUAGGAUUAUGACUAGAUCACAUAAGAUUGUUUUCUGAUUCCGUUGAAAGAUUGUUUACACUAGCUGGAUUACCAAAUGGGGUCCGAGUUGGGUUGAGUUAUGCAGGUUUUAACAGAACUCAUUUGCACAUUAACGUCUGAAAACAAAGAUAUUUAUGAACCAGUAUAAGCCAGUAUGAGCCAGUAUAAGAAAGUGCUAAAAAUAUUUGUGUUGAUAAUGAAAAGGGGAAGCUUGAGAGAAAAGUGAUAUAAGAAAGUGAUAUAAGUAUAAGAAAGUGCUACAAAUAUUUGUGUUGAUAAUGAAAAGGGGAAGCUUGAGAGAAAAGUGAUAAAUGAUGCACUAUAUCAACAUUUUUUAGAUCGAACUGUGUUUUAUGUCUUUGCCAAGAGGCCCAUUGUUUAAUAUGCCCUCUAUUUUUUACAUUAAUAAUCAUUGUCGACACAAGGCUAUUGCAAUUCUUAAUCUAUGAGACACACAAAGUAUUUAUGUAUAAUCUACAGCAUGUUUCAGAGUUUUAAUAAAUUGUAUUUGAAAUAAAAACAUUAUUUAUAUGUAUCUAAUGAUGAAUAAUUUUGAUACUGAAGCACAUUCGAUGAUUACUCCAAUUGAAACUAUAUGGAAAAUAUAAAAACAAAAACUGUUGUGAACAGACCUGGAGGAUGUCUGGUGUUAAGAGUUGACUGAUAUAUAACUUAUUGAUAGACAUUUAGUGACUUAAAGACCAUAAAUUGUCUAAUAAAGGAGAACAUUUGAGAAUUUGUAUGUAA